UGGCUCCACUAUGUAAAUACUGUGACGUGAAGAAGUAUACAGUAUCCACACUGACAACUUUUAUUCCAGAAAUCUGAUAGUGCUCCACAAAGUUUCAGUCCUGCCUGAACCUUUAUCAAGUCAGAUCUGGUACGGGAACAGUGUCUGGUUUGGACAGCAGGAUAAUUUGGCACCAGAUCCGGGAUUAUACACAUUAGAUGUGGAAUUUGUAAAGCAAUGAUAAGUUACAAGUUUAGCUGCAAAUCAACAAUGGAUUGGCAUUGAGAUAUUUAGCAUAAAAAAAUAAGACCACCCAAACAUAUAUAACUAUAGGGUUAUUACAAAUUGGCCUGGCUGUGCCAUGCUUUUGCUUGAUUUUAACCCCUGACAGGAAGUUUUGUACUUCUCUGAUUUUCAGUAUGGUGUUGUCUCCAUCUCCUCCCUCUCUCCCAAGAUAAUGUAUCAUCCUCUGCUGUUUUAGGAGGUGUGGAUGAAUCUUGUCUCUGUUCUGGCCCCCACCCCUAAGUGAUGUCACCACUUCUGACCAUUUGGGAAAAAUGAGGUGUUUUUACAGCAUGCUGCAUUGUACAGAACCAUGCCACAGACAGAGGAGCAGACAGGAGAUUGAUACAGCAGCUAUUGCAGACUUCUGUGUAGAGCAAUGUUCUGCAGAAGCUAUGGGCAGGAAAACAGCUGGAGUGCUGUGGGAGGGCUAUGAUGAACAGCUGAGGGAAACCAUUGCAUUCUGGGAAUUUUAGUACUGAGCAACUUCUCAAACAGGAAGCACAGUGACCAUCUGACAGAGGAGGAGACACAGAACAAAUGGAUUUUUCAUGGGUUCAGAACUGGGGCAGAUAGUGACUCCCUUGUAUACAGUAGAGUAUACAUCAGCCCUGCCUGUUAGAUAUAAUGGCUGCUGGACGGGAUAAAGUGAUUCAUCUCCUGAGACAACUGCACGGAGUAUCGUGCAGAUGUCCAGCCCAUUCUCACACUUACUCCCAAGCUCCAUCAUCUCAGACAACAACAGAAUAUGCCUUUGAGAUGGCUGUUUCUAACAUCAGAUAUGGAGAAGGUGUAACAAAAGAAGUAGGAAUGGAUUUGCUGAAUAUGGGGGCAAGAAAUGUUUGUGUGAUGACAGACAAGAACCUUGCAAGUCUUCCUCCUGUUCAGACUGUAAUAAAUUCCCUGGCAAAGAAUGGCAUCAACUUCUGCUUGUAUGACAAGGUCAGGGUGGAGCCCACAGAUAAAAGCUUCAAAGAUGCAAUACAGUUUUCGAAAAGUGGAUCCUUUGAUGCCUAUGUCGCUGUUGGAGGUGGCUCUGUGAUGGACACCUGUAAGGCGGCCAACCUCUAUGCCUCUAGUCCUGAUGCUGAAUUUCUGGACUAUGUCAAUGCCCCUAUUGGAAAAGGAAAACCAGUGACUGUGACACUAAAGCCCCUUAUUGCAGUCCCAACAACCUCUGGAACCGGAAGUGAAACCACUGGGAUUGCAAUCUUUGACUUUGAAGAACUUAAAGCCAAAACUGGUAUUGGAUCAAGAGCCAUAAAACCAACUCUAGGACUGAUCGACCCGGAGCACACAUUACACAUGCCAGAGAGAGUAGUUGCAAAUAGUGGAUUUGAUGUAUUAUGCCAUUCACUGGAAUCCUACACUGCCAUUCCAUAUAAUAUGCGCAGUCCUUGUCCUACCAAUCCUAUCAACCGCCCGGCCUACCAGGGUAGUAACCCCAUCAGUGAUGUGUGGGCCAUACAUGCAUUGAGGAUUGUUGCUAAGUACUUGAAACGAGCUGUUAACAAUCCGGAUGACCGCGAAGCCCGUUUCUCUAUGCAUCUGGCAAGUUCAUUUGCUGGAAUUGGCUUUGGGAAUGCAGGGGUACAUCUCUGCCAUGGGAUGUCAUAUCCAGUUGCAGGAAUGGUGAAAAAGUACAAAGCCAAGGAUUACAAUGUGGAUCACCCAAUAGUGCCUCACGGACUUUCAGUAGUCCUCACAUCCCCGGCAGUAUUUUCCUUCACUGCAGCCAUGUGCCCAGAGCGCCACCUGGAGGCAGCAGAGAUACUGGGGGCUGACGUCCGGACCGCCAAAAUGAAAGACGCUGGGCUUAUCUUGGCAGACACUUUACGCAAAUUUCUCUUUGACUUGAAUGUAGAUGAUGGCUUGGCAGCCGUGGGGUACAGUACGGCAGAUAUUCCUGCAUUAGUCAAAGGGACUUUGCCUCAGGAAAGGGUUACAAAGUUAUCCCCCAGACAACACACUGAAGAAGACCUUUCAAAGUUGUUUGAAGCUUCAAUGAAACUUUAUUGAUUUGGAGUGUAAAAGUCAAUGUAAGAGGUUUUUCGAGAAAUUUAUGAAUAAAGCUUAUUAAAGUUGGAAUAACAAUCCUGUAUUUGCACAUAAACUUAAAGAGAAUCUUCCAUCACUUUAAAGCUGCCUGAACCAGUAGUCAUCUGAGUGGUCCUCUAUGGCUUCUGUCUACCCCACCAGCAUUAAAGGGGUUAUCCAGGAAAAAACUUUUUUUUUUAUAUAUCAACUGGCUCCAGAAAGUUAAACAGAUCUGUAAAUUACUUCUAUUAAAAAAUUGUAAUACUUUCAGUACUUAUGAGCUUCUGAAGUUCAGGUUGUUCUUUUCUGUUCUUUUCUGUCCAACUGCUCUCUGAUGACACGUGUCUCGGGAACCGCCCAAUUUAGAAGAGGUUUGCUAUGGGGAUUUGCUUCUAAUCUGUUCCCGAGACACGUGUCAUCAUAGAGCACUUGGACAGAAAAGAACAACAUUAACUUCAGAAGCUCAUAAGUACUGAAAGGAUUAAGAUUUUUUGAUUGAAGUAAUUUACAAAUCUGUUUCUGGAGCCAGUUGAUAUAUAUAUAUAUAAAAAGAAAAAGUUUUUUUCCUGGAUAACCCCUUUAAUUGAUAGGUCUCUGUUUAGAUAUAGAAAGAAAUCUAUCAAUCAAGGCUGAUGGAGCUGGGACAUCCACUGGAAAUCUUUCCCUUGACACAUGAUCAGGCAGCAUGAAAACAAUGGCAGGUUCCCUUUAAUAUACCUAUCUUAUUAUUGUGAAGCAAAUGGGAGCUGAGUUGCAGUAACCUACCAUGGCCAGUACACAAUGUACGGAGCUGUCGGCUUCUAGUUCCAUUUACCAUGUACUGUGCAUGCUCAAGAUGGCAGAUUGGCGGGGUGCUGGGUGUCAGCACCCCACUAAUCAGAUAUGGAUAGCCUAUUCUAACCCAUUGGUAAAAAAAAAAAAAAAAAAAACAAGGAAAACUCCCUUUAAGUAUGUGAAAAUACAAUAAGCAUUUCAAUGAAAUGUAUUUAUUAAAACCCUUUAACUAUGCAGAAAAGUAAUGUGUGAGUGUUGAUAAAACUGCUGUGUAAAUCGUGUCAUCGCAUUGACUUUCUAAAGCUGCGAAUUGUAACCUACAGUAAUUUCCAUGUGAAUUGCUGUGAAUUGUACAGUAAAAUACUGUAUUUAUUAAAGGGUAAACAAAACGUA